AUGUCUGUCUUACCAAACGAACUGUGGCUCGAAAUAUUCUCCUGGGCAACCAUGCCAGAGGGCACCACUCCCUACGAAUCCAACUACAAACCCUUUCGUGAAUCACCCGCCCGUGACGACCGCGGUGUCGACCUCGAAGUGAAGGCUCUCGCGUCGAAGCUGUCAUUGGUCUGCAGGGAGUGGCACGCAAUGACAAAGGAGCUCUUGUACAAGGAUGUUCUCAUCAACCGUGGUCAGAAUGCCUUGAAGAGCGUCCUUUGUCCCCACCAAGAUGACCCAGGAUAUGGGAAGAUGGUCCGUCGUGCCGUGCUACCCUAUGACAGUACCGUCACCGACCACUGGACCAGGGAUCCUUCACCGUCUAUCGAGAUCCUCAAGCUCUGCAGUCGUCUCGAGGUCCUGAUAAGGCCCCGAACCGUCCAGUAUGCCAUGCGCACUCUUGCAUUCGAGUUCGACGCCGACUCCGUCGCACUUCCUUCAUUGAAGCGACUUGAGUGGUGGCACAAUAGCGAGGCUGAGCGCUCAGGGGGUAUCAACUCCCUUGGUGCUGUUCUGCGAAGCUCACCCAACAUUGCGUACCUCUUCAUCGGCGGCGCUUCAGGUAUGAGCUCCAUCAUGCUUGACUCGACACCGCUAUGUCUUCCUUCUCUGGAGACAUUGCGCCUCUUUUCGGUUGGCGGCUUCCUCCUCCAUCAAAUCUGCAAUCGCUUGACGCUCCCUGCUCUAUCGCACGUUGUCGUGGACAGUGUGCUGAACAACGGUGAUCUCGAGGGACUCUGGGAAUUACACGGAGAAACCAUUGAAUCUGUCGAAUUGGGCCGACAUCUCCGUUUCAUGCUGGGUGACGAGAUCAGCCUUUGUCUCGAACACUGCCCUCGCCUCGAAGAGAUCAACUACUACCUCUUCUUCAUCGCCCCUCCCCACUUCGCCGGUGUUCAUCAGAACGUUCACACCGUCAGUCUCCAUGCCGCUCAUACUAUGGCCAUAGACCACUUUGACAAAUGGGAGCACCUUGAAAAGCAUUUCGACUUGCUCCUCGGCGAUUCCCUCCCUGCGCUGCACACAGUUCGUUUAUUCGGUGAUUGGAGUGAAAUCAUGGAACAACCUCGCUUUCACCAUCUAUAUCAUGCGUUGAUAGAUCGUGGCUGCUAUGUCGACCUUUGA